AUGUCGUCUCUGGUCAGGUCGUUUGCGUCCCUCUACUGCCAGAAGCUGCGCUCCACCACCCGCCUCGGACCCGUGACGGCGGCGCCACCGCGUUUCCAGGCGAUGAACCGACGGGGACUGUCAGCCUCCAGCGGCGCGGCAGACGCGAGACGUCCGCCGGCGGCUCUGCCGAUGCCGAGCCAGCAGUCCCAACAACAGAAGCGGACGCCUUUCUUCACCUGGGCAAGAUUGGCCGUUGGCUCUAUUCUUGCUGCCGCUACACCAUUCCUGCAUUCCAGAUGGGCGUCGUUCCUGCGGAUUCAGAGUGAGGUGGAGAUGGUGAAAGACACGGCGGAGGCAGUGGCGGAGGUCGUGGAGAAGGCGGCCACCGUUGCAGAGAAGGCGUCGUCGGAAGUGGCCGAGCAGCUGCCCGAGAACGGGAGGCUAAGGGCGGCGGCCGUCCUCCUGGAGCAUGCGUCCAAGGAAGUCGGCGAGGAGGCACACCUUGCACAGGACAUCCUCCACAAGGUCCACGAAAUUGAGGAGGACGUGAAGGCCAUCAUGGAUCACAGCAAGCAUGCAAGGGUACACGACUGA